AUGACACCGCCCAAAGCCGCCAAUUAUGAGGACGAGAUGCGGGAGGCCUGGGGAUAUCGAUUCAAAUGGACCAAACACCACCAGACCCCAGAGCAGUAUGACUACCUCAAACACUCCUGCGAUACACUGGGCGAGGAUUGUGCGGUGCUCCUGAAUGAAAUGUAUCCGACUGAACGCGGGACCCCCCAGAGUCAACAAGACAAACAAGGCUUCAAUGCCGCAUCUAAGUCAGAGGAACGGGCCUCGAAAUGGAGGGAUCUAUACGAGCUCUUCUGCGAGCACCAUACGGAACAUUCGAAGCUACAGCAGCUCUGGGAUGAGGUCAACACCACCCCCGAAUGGGUCGACUGGGACCAGAUUGCACGCGGCCAGGACGUACUGUACCGUUACGGCGGUGCUGCUUUCACUGGCCUCACAUACCAGUCGCUCGUUGGAGGCACCGCCGGCGCUCGAGUCGCCGAGGUAUUGGGCCGAACAGGUGGCUUCAAUGUGAACACCGUGUUCCGCCGUAUGCUCGAGACAACCAUCUACUUUAUCGACGUCACCGAAAGUGUCGACAGCCUCAAGUUCGGCGGCCGCGGGUUUGCCAGCUGCAUGAAGGUGCGCUUCCUACACGGCACAGUUCGGCAUCGCAUCCUCCAGCUCGCAGCCAAGCGCCCUUCCUACUUCUCCGUCGAAAAGCUCGGUAUCCCAAUCAACGAUCUGGACUCGAUCGGCACCAUCGCCGUCAACUGCGCAACUAUUAUCUGGCAGUCACUCCCGCGGCAGGGUAUAUAUAUGCGCGAGCAGGAGAUACGCGACUACGUAGCCCUCUGGCGCCUCAUCGCCUACUACAUGGGCACGCCGACCGACUUCUUCUCUUCGCCGGCCAAGGCGCGUGCUAUCAUGGAGUCACUGUACCUACAUGAGUACAACCCCUCUAGCAGGUCGAAGGAACACGCACAGAACAUCAUCAUCGCCAUGAGUGACACGGCGCCCAGCUACGCCAGUAAGCCGUAUCUCGAGGCUACUGCGCGCUGGCUUAACGGCGACCCUCUCGCUGACGCUCUGGGCAUCGGCCGGCCGAGUAGGUACUACACGGUGCUGGCAGCGGGGCAGUGCAUGUUGUUCAUGAUUGUCUACUAUGUCUGUCGUGACAUCCCAGUCCUCGACCGCGCUCAGAUUGGAUCGUUCCGCCGAAAUGUCAGGGACUAUAUCAACAACCCAGAACUCGGUUUAGAUCACCGAUCUGCCUUUAACUUUAAGUACCUGCCUAAAUCUGACGAGUCCAAGCAGCAAGGCGAGGGCAGGACUCUUGCUAAGACUAAGAAGAUGGUACUCUGGACUGCUGAUCGUAAGGCGUUGGCUGUGGUGUUAAUACUUGUGGGCUCCUUGGUUACUACUACCUGGGCGGCUUUUAAGCUUGCGAAGUUUGGAGUUGGUAUGGGUUUUAAUAUAAUGAGGAAUAUUUAA